AUGCAGACAUCAUCUCCAUUGGCUGCCAUGCACCAACCGGCAGCCCCUGCCUUUGGUCACCCAGACAUGUUCCGCCCUAGUGCUCAUGCUGCAUUUCAUGGCGAGUCGAAAGGGUCCGGGGCGCUCUUUAGGGAACGCCUCAUGCCCGGAGGCAAGGACUACUUCAACGUCAAGGGUUUCCCAACGCCUCGUCGGGCUCUUUUCACAACGAACGCCAUAAUGGGCGCCCUGGAGGGAAAACGAUACCAGACUACGCCGCCUCUGCCGGCCUCCUCGCCUGCGUACACGGACAUGGACAUGGACGUGGAUAUGUCUCCGCUACCAAUGGGAAAGGGUGUCUAUGUGGCGCAGGUCGAGGUGCACUCACCUAGUCCUACGGCCAGCCCGGAGGAUGACGAGGACAUGACUUUGGAUUCUCCUGCGCCCAUUUCACGGCAGUCGUCCGUCGACGGUACGAAGCCUACGGCUGAGAACCGCCGCACAUUGAACCUCCGCCGGCCAUCACUCACAAGAUCCAAGGGCUAUUCUACCGGUACUGUGCCGUGUCGGUUGCACCCCGAGGGCCAGCUCUCUUCGUUCAAGUUUGGCAAUGAUGGCCGUCCCGGGUCAUCAUCUUCUCAAAUGUCCCUCAGUGAAUGUUUCGAGGACUCGCCCCCACAAGAGCGACGACCACAGUCUGCUAACAGCCCGUGUGCAAACGCCGCUGGCACUCUGCGCUCGAAAGCUCACUUCUCCAGCCUGAGUGGCGCGUCUACUCGCAAUGGCUCUCCCAUCACUGGUCACUCCCGGCGUGGUUCCAACCCACAUCUCAGACCAAGAAAGCAGUACCGACGUUCUUUGAGCAUGUUUGAGAGCGCUGGAGAUGUGGUCAAGCCGAAGGAGGACCUCAAUGCCCCGUCAGGGUUGCAAUCCGUUCUCGAUGUCGAAGAGUCCGCCGAGCCUGUGCUUCCGCAUUUCUUCCCAAACGACCAGAACGACAGUAUACCCCGGCUGUCCCGGGAUACGUUCCUGGAGAUCCUGGAUGGCAAGUACAACGAGCACUACGAUAACAAGCUUAUCAUUGAUUGUCGGUUUGAGUACGAAUAUGACGGAGGUCACGUCGAUGGAGCAAUUAAUUAUAACGAUAAAGAGCUGCUCGCCUCUCACCUGUUCAACAGCCCUCUGGAAGGAAGGACUCUUUUGCUUUUCCACUGCGAAUACUCGGUACAUCGGGCACCUCUGAUGGCACGUCACAUACGUGCACAGGACCGCACUGUCAAUGCUGAGAGUUACCCCCGUUUGACCUAUCCCGAGGUAUACAUCUUGGAAGGCGGAUACAGUGGCUUCUUCGCCGAGCACCGCCAACGAUGCUACCCUCAAGCAUAUGUGGAAAUGGAUGCUGCCGAGCACGCCAGAACUUGUGAGAAGGAGAUGGAUCGUCUGCGACAUGCCCGCAAGGGUCUUGGACGUGCUCAGACCUAUGCUUUUGGUGAAAGGGAACACUCAGCCCAAGACUCCCCGACAGCUGGUCAUCGGUACAGCAUCGACGAUUCUCCCAUGCAACUUGGCGAUUCGCCCAGCGUGGGCCACGAUCGGGGUCAUGCUAGGCGCAUGGCUUCGUAUUGA